AUGGGUCAAGCGUGGACUACAAGUCGGAAUUUGCCAGAUCAGGUGCCGAAAACAUGGCGCCUUUUCAUUGUACCAAAUUCCGGGAUGACAGCACGCUCUUUAGACGAUAAAUCGGUUUUAUUUGCGCUCAAGAACAAGUUCGACAUUGAUCCGAAUGCAACCCUAAAGUUGUCUGCCGAAAAAACACGUUAUUGUGCAACAAUUUCACUCCAAUAUCAAGUGUCACCAUUUGUCGAUCAUAAGCCGUUUGAUCUUGAGAUCAGUACAGGCGAAGACCAGACGAUCAUCGCUAGCGUUGAACCCGACCAGAAGUUCCUGCAUGUUACUACAUUGUAUGAUGGGACAUAUGAGAGCGAAAAUGCCAUAGACUUGGUUGUAGUUCCCGGCCUUGCUGGCCAUCCGUAUGGCUCCUUUAAGUCGCCUCAAAAUGGUAAAGAAAAUUGGUUGCGAGACUACCUGCCUACUGAACUUCCCAACCUCCGCAUUCUUGUCUACGGUCACAACUGCAAUCCUGCCGACCGAGAUUGCAAGAAAUCAAUCCUCGACUAUGCUACCGACUUGCUUGAUGCCAUUAUCUCAUAUCGAGAUGAUAAAAUAGUUGCACGUCGACCUAUUAUAUUCAUAGGUCAUAGCCUCGGUGGAUUGAUAGUGAAACAGGCAUUGGUACAAGCAACAGGUCACACCGACGACAAAUACAAGAUGUUCUUAGAGGCCAGUUACGGUUUCCUUUUUUUCGGCGUUCCUAAUCGAGGACUUCGGCAUGAGGAACUUGAAACUAUAUUAGGCUACCAUGACUCCAUGGGGCAGCUUGUGAAUGAUAUAGUUGUGAACAGUGAUACCGAAAUGAAAACGUCUUUGCGGCUACUUGGGGGAAACUUCAUGGACUUCUGUGAAACCAAGAAGCUUGAUAUCACAGCAUUUUACGAACGCCGUGCAACCUUUAUUGUUGAGCCAGAUAGAAACGGGCGGUUGGCCAGAAGCAAGACAAACAAGAAGUUGAUGGUAACUCAGGACUCGGCAACCAUGAUUGACGGCUCGUCGAGAAUACCGGAUAGCAUUCCGCUCGAUGCGGAUCAUACUACAAUAAUGAAAUAUCAUUCUAUCCACGAUCCGUUAUAUCGAAUAGUGUCGCAUAAGGUUAGACAAAUGGUUGAAAAGGCUCUCAGAAACACGGAUGAAUUAUCUCCAGAUCAAACUUCAAAGCUGGAGAAGUUCAAACAAGACUCCAGUAUACAAGAGAAAUAUACUUCCAUCGCCAAUCCAUGUCUUCGAACGCUCGAGAAUUUCCUCGAGAAAGAUUAUUUCAAGCAAUGGCGAGAUGAAAAGGAGUCUCCUCCUCUGUGGAUCUGUGGGCCUCCCGGCCAAGGAAAAUCUGUGUUGGCGAAGCACUUGGUAAAGCACAUUGAACGGCGCGCAAUGAAACCUCCGAGACACGCUGAAAAGGCCAUCAUACUCAGCUAUUUCUGCAAUGCACAAGACCCAAGCUGCCAACCAGCUGAUAUUCUGCGCCACUUACUCAUACAGCUUUUAAGCUAUAGGAGAUAUUUCGACCAUGUAACAGACAAUUUCUGGAAUUCAUCACAAAGCUUUUCUGUCGCUUCCAUGGAUAACCUUUGGGAACAAUUUUCGGAUCUUAUGCUCAAUGUCCACGCCCGGCGCAUAUAUUGUAUCAUUGAUGCCCUAGAUGAAUGCCCGCAAAAGCAACAUUAUUCUACCCCAUAUUACACCGAGACCGAACGACAAAUGCUGGUGAAGAAGCUCGAAGAGUUAUUCUCUGAGAAUCAAGAUCGUAUGAGAUUACUGCUUACCAGUCGCCCAGGCGAGGACGACAUUGAAAGAUGGUUUCGGCCAUACCAUAAAGAUCUUCACGUCACUAAGGAUGACCUGGCUAUAUUCAUAGACGAAAAGCUCGAUGAGAUAAGAUAUAUGGAUAAAGAGAAAGGGGUGAAGGAGGAAAUACGAGAGCAACUUCUUUCUCAAUCUGGACGUACUUUUCUCUGGGUUUCUGUCGUUAUCCGAGAACUUUCGCAUCAAAAGUUACCCACGAAAUCAGAACUCGACGCAGUCCUAAAAAGCAUACCAACAGACCUCAAAGAUAUGCCUCUUACAGUCGCUGAACUACAAGCUGCCCUCACUUACGAUCCAUACAAUACAGAUGGAAACCAAUACACGCAUUUAUCCGAAAUGGAUAAAUACAAACGCCCUCUCGAUGAGAAUACUAUUGAUGAGAACUUCGGUAGUCUUUUGACCACCCGUGAAUACAUGUACUAUGUUUAUGCUAGUACAAGCUGGUAUAAGCAUGUUGUUUCGCUUGGUGAGCAUGAAGAGUUUACACCUCAAAUCAAAUCUCUCCUGGACAAAAACUACCAAGCUUUUGGGCUUUGGGUUGAAUGCUUGAUCGCCUCUGACAUCUGCAUUAAACUAUUUCUGUUUGAUGUACGUCGAUUUUGGCCAAGGAAACUGGACCAGAGGAGGGGAGUGGACAGUUACCGGGCUCUAAUCUCCAUUAUACUUCAUCUCGAUGUUCCGUGGCUCCCACAGAAAGUACACAAUGAUGAUCUAAUAGGUCAUGAUUGCGAGCUUUCCAUUAUGGCAAAGGAAAGGCCAGAGUCGUUCCGCUCCCUAUGCGUCCAUCAAGGAGAACAGAUGUCUCAAAUAUUAUCAGCGGAAUUCUUCAGCCACCUUUUCCGGUUCCCGAGCGGCAACAGAUAUCAAAGUCUACGGACCUUGUUCCACUAUGCGCCUACCAUACAGUCUUUAGUUUCGAGCGAUUUAUUGAAAUGCAUGGAACCAUCCCACGAAGAUUAUCGCAACUUGAUUCAAUUCUUUCUCGAUAGAGGGUGCACUAUUACCGAUGACUGUCUACGAACAGCUGCUCGGUCUGGCAAGGAAGGCACGUUAGAAUUCCUACUCGACCAUCGAAAAAUCGAUCUUGAGAUAUUUGAUGAACUUCUUCACGUUGCUAUAGUUCACAAAAGUGAUACACUGUCGGAUUUGUUAAAUACUUCCAAAAUUCGAUUCCAGGUGGCUAUAAACCAUCUCACUUCCGCAAUCGACAGUGCAGACUUGGGUACUUUCAUGAAGUUGCUCCAGCACAUGAGCCACAAUAAGCAGGAUACGAAACAUGGCAACGAUGACUUCAACAGUGAAAUUGUGGAACUUCUAUUCUAUCAAGACUUAUCAAGGGAUUGCAUUUCUAAUCCUUAUCUUCCAUUGUGGCUUCAAAAGGUCCGGGACAAAGUCAAUUUUACUAAGGCGGCACUGUUGAAACUUUGCAACUCAUCCCAACGUCGCAUCAAAGUUACGGAAUUGAUGCUCAUCGAACCUAUACACAACACUAUCCUGAUAGCAGAUAUUCUUGAAUGUCUACAUCAUCAAAAUAUCGAAAUCGAGGUCACAGCGGAAGUCAUAAAAACGUUUGCAAAGCGUUGGGCAAACGCGCAAGAGGAGUUUCGGCAAGGAACAUCGGAGUUCCAGCGAUUGAAACCGUCCGAUUUUAUCAUAAACAAACCGCAGCCUACGUUGUCUUAUACUUGGCGAUUUCUCCUCUCAAGCUGCAAAGCAAUAAAGGUAUUACUUGAUCACUUCGAACCCGAUUCCCAACUCAGAGAAAACCUUCUAUACUCCGCCAUUGGAAAAGAUAAGGAUAUCCUCUUGAGUUCUCUCAGAGGAGGACGAGUACAUGAAAACGACCAAUGGACUACCCUGCAUUAUGCAGCAUACUUCCACGAUGAGCAAGUUGUAGAAGCAGAAUUUAAGUCCGAGGCUGCUAUAAAUGGCACAACUUGUAUGGGAUUUACACCUCUGCAUAUUGCGGUACUCAGUUGGUGCAACCGUACGGACACGGGGGACGGAUACAACAAUCGCCUGAUCGGUUGGUCAAGCCGCAGAUUCAUCGAACUCUUACUCAAAAAUAACGCGAACCCGAAUAUCUGUGAUAAUAAUGGGGCUAUUCCACUGCACUAUGCUGCUUUAUAUGGCAACAGGGACUGCAUUGAAAGAUUACUUCAAUCCGAUGUAAACAUCCAAGAUGAGACUGGAUUUACCCCAUUACACUACGCUGUCCUUCGAGACUACUCGAAUUUGAUUAUCGAUAUAAAAGUUUUGCACCAUUAUCGUUGCGUUGUUGAUGAAGGACCCUUUUUCGGCCGGGAGCCUAUACGAUUCGAUGCUACCGAUAUAAUAUUUCAGACACCUUUACAUUAUGUUAUCCAAAAUCGACACCGAUGGACAACUAAUAAUCUAAUCAAAGAGGGUGCUGAUCUUUCUCUUCUUGAUGCAUAUGGAAGAACAUGCAUCGAAUCAAUGCAGGAAAAUGAACUAAAGACUUCGCAUCUUCCGCAUCUUCCGCCGACGCCGCAUACCCAGAGAAGGACCCGACUUAACAACGUCAUAUAUAUCAUUACGUCCCGACUGCUAGAUAAUAACAAAAGCGGAUGCAGGCACCCAGGACUCUAUGAGUUGGGAAAUUGCCUCGUUUUUCUCGGAAAGCGGGAAGAAGCUUUGGUUGCUUAUGAACAAAUGCUUCCAAAUAUCACGGAAUAUCUGAGCAUAUCCUGUAGGCACUGUCGAAAGAAUCCCAAAAACUCGUUCUAUGUUCCCAUAGAUUGCCCAACCGCUCCUUUGUGCAGCAAUUGCAGAGAAAAUUUCAAGUAUAAGGAUAUACUGGCUGUGCCCGGUCCGACAUUUCUCAACCAAAAUCCGGAUCAUGUCAACGAUGUUGGCGAACCAUUAGUUGAGUGGCUGGAGAGGAUAAGACGUGAAUUUGGAGUCAGACCAGAAGUAGAGACCAUGUGUGGAAAUGGAGAGAGUAUUGCUUCUAUGAACAAUUCCGUCGUCAAUGACGAAGUAUCGACCAAUGAAGAGAAGCUCGUGGCUGAAGAAAACGAUGCCUCGGUGAAUCAAGCUGUUAGCGAAGAGGGAGUAUCGGUCAAGGGCGAAGAGUUGGCAGCUGUGGGGCGGUCGCAAUUCGAUCAGACUGGGGCGCGCGGUAUCAAAUCCAAGUGGUCACAGUUGAGAGAAGCUACACUUGAUAUCAGGAUAUGGCUAGUUGCCAUCAUAGUGUUGGUUUCAGCUUACACUAUGAGCAGAGCACACUAG